CCUCCAACCCCCCCCCACCCCGGCCCGUGGAUCCGCGGCUCCGGGGGGCGACGGGCGCGGGGCAAACGGGGGGCACGCGGGGUGCGGGGCCGCGCAGGAGCGGAGCCGCGGGGGGGCGGGUUAAGGUGGCCCCGCCGGUGGAUGCGGAGCGGGGGAGUGAAUAAAGAGAUACGGGGAGGGGCCGCAGCGGGUUUGCAGCCCCGCGCUGGGAGCAAACGGGGCCGUGCGGGGCCACGGGACGGCAGCGGGGGUCGAGGGGCUCCGAGCCGCGCUCUGCCCGCCGGGUCGCCGCACCCCCGGGUUCCACCUUAAGGCCCGCAGCGCACCGCCGUCCCGCAGCUGUCGGCGCCCACCGCCACCGCGCGGCCCCCGCACUCCGCCCCGUCGGCACGCGGAGCUGCUCGCUUCGCUUCCUUCGCCCUUUUUCUAGCAGCCCCGGGCCCGGACGGGAAGUCGGUUUGUCACGCAGCGCCGAUAGCGGGAGGGCAUCGCCCGGCGCUGCAACACCGCGUCCUCACCGCGCUUCCUCCGGAGGACACGGAGCCGCCUCCCAACCGGAGACAGCAGUGCUCAAAAAGGAAAGAAAAGGGGGAAAAAAAAAAAAAAAAACCAACAAAAAACAACUUCUUUGCACUCCUCUGGAUAAGCCAAGUUCCUGCCCGUUAUAAUUAUCCCCAACCUUUAUUGUUCUGGGGGUAGAUAAAUAGGCGGCACUCGGCGCAGCUGCAGUGGGUGUUCUUUGCCCUGCUGGGUGUGCUGGGCUCUGGGAUUUGGGAUCCGAGGUCCGGGAGCUGGAAUUGGAGAUUUGGGAGCUGGAAUUGGAGGUUUGGGAUCUCGGGUUUGGGAUCUGGGCUGCAGUCAUGCCCCUGGGCCAGGUGAAUUUCUCUGAGCUGGGUGCAGAGGAGCCGGCCGCAGGAGAGGAGAGCCUGGCCGGGGUCAAGGCACUGACGGCCAAACUGAAGCUGCAGACCCGCCGCCCUUCCUACCUGGAGUGGGAGGCACGGGUGCGGGGGCAGCCCUGGGGCAGGCCGACCCCACGGGGGGCAAAAGGAACCUCGGGGCAGCCCAGGGCUGAGCAGGAUGGCAGCGUCUGUGGGUUCCCUGGUAUGGAGGAGGCUCUGGAGUGGCUCAGGACGGAGCUGCAGGAGCUGCAGGCUGCAGACCAACGCCUGGCACAGCAGCUGAUGCGCCUGCGGGCACAGCUGAACCGGCUGAAGGUGGAGCAGGUCUGCCACCGGCACAAGGAGAUGCUGGACGAUGCCACCUUCGGCCUCGAGGGCUGCGAGGAGGACUCGGAUCUGCUCUGCACCAUCCCACCCAAGGCCGCCUUCCUGCUCUCCAUGCCGCUCAAACACAUCGGUGUCACCCGCAUGAACAUCAACUCCCGGCGCUUCUCCCUCUGCUGAGUGCAGCAGGGCCCCGCGGGCACCCAUGGGUGCACCUGGGAGUUGAGAGGGGCUCAUAGGUGCCCCAAAGUGCUGCAGGGGCAUCAGCUCGGGGUUGAGCUCCCUCGUGUUUGUGCCACGGGAAAUGUGCCAUCCCCAAGGAGCAGCUGUGUGUGGUGGGGGUCAGACACGGGAGGAUGUGGGGAGCAGCACUCGGAGGAGGAAUAAAAGCAGGUGAUGAUGAGGAGGAGCAC